CGAAAGUCUACCUUGACCAUUCGUUCCUGAUUCUAGACUGGAGGUAACUUUCGCGGUACGCCGAGCUAAAUAGUAGUCGGCGUCACACGUGCCGGUUGCAUAUAGCAGCACUACUGUGGAAAGUGUAGAGAUUUGCGGGUCUGUCAAAGAAACGUGAAAAUAAAAUAAACGUCAAAGUGUAGAAAAUCCAUCUUAUCCUUACAAUGGCAAGAACAAUCUGGACGGUACCAGCGAUAAUAGCUGUGACAGUUUUAAUUGGGGUCGCAUGCACCCCCAUCGAUUUACCCAGCACGGUGAAACUACUACAGGAACAAGUGAACGCGCUGCUGGAUCAUCGUCAGGAAGAUUACAACGCACUGGAGGAGAGUCUGAAACGUGCCAUAGAAAAAAAUACAGAGCUUAUUGUUUUGCGAAAUGAAGUUAAACAAUUAAGGAAGGAAGUGAGCGCGCUGCGUGGCGGAAGCGGCAAUGAAGCGAAGAACGAGAGAUUGAGGGUGAGAUGGCUGGGUAGUACCGUGACGGAAUUGCAGAGUGAGGUAGCGGAGGUUCUAAGGACGAGGAACGCGAGUGAAGAAUUGGCAGAGCGUUCCAGGAUGCGAAGCGAGCUCUCCUUGCUUAAAGGAGACGUAGCGGAAGUCGGAAGAGGAAUCAGGAACCUUGGUGGUAGGAUAACAAAGAUUGAAGCCACCCUGGGGACUAUCCGGGUAGACAUCGCUGCAGUGAAGGAACGCUCGACUCAAUUGUCAAGAACAUGCGCCGACGUUACUAGCCAGUUGAGCGCGGUGCAAGUCGAAAUGAAAUCUUUGAAGUGUGAGACAUCGAUGGAGCAUAAGGAUCAUCAGUUGUCCAAGAAUGAAGUGCGCAAUGAAGUGACGAGGGAACACUCCAGUCAUCAUAUGCGACAUGGAUAUUCACGUUCGCCAUUCACUCGUCACAUCGAAGAGCGUCUUACAAGUCUCGAGCAUAAGAUAGCCGUGGUAUCCAGGAAAAGGGGAAUCGUUGAGAAACGUGUUGUAUACGAAAAUCAGAAUUAUUUGGCAAGUCGUAUAGCAAUAUUGGAAACUGUUCAGCGUGACCUCUCAAAGCAGCUCUUCAAUGUCACCCGCGAGGUGACUGCUAUGGAGAAGCUCGGAGAAUCGAUGGAGCAGCUCUUCGAAUCCAUCCAGUCAUUAGAAGAUAAGUUCACUGCCAACCAGUCGGAUACCAAAAGGGAAAUUGCUCGUUUGGAUAUUAAUGCUGCUAGAAAAGCAGCUGAGCUUUCAUUAACUCGUGAAGAGCUUGGUAAUCUUCGUAGAACAGUUCAAGCACUAAGUGUCAGCGCUUCGAAGUUACAGGAGAAGAGUGAUCAGCAACAAAAGAGCAUCUCGAACUUGAACAGCACCAUGACGCGUCUUGAUCUCACUCAAUCUCUUGACAAAGCGACAAAUAUUACCCAUGAACUUGAGCACGUCGAGGAUCAAUAUAGGCUGAUGGUAGAUGCUCUUCCUGGUAAUUGCGACAGCAAGGAUGGUCUGACUCUGUUAGCACCUGGACCAGGUGCGCCGUUGUUGGCUUCCUGUCAUAAAGGAUGGAUAGUGAUUGCUCGACGUACUGAUGGUAUGGUUGACUUUGAUCGCACCUGGAAUGAUUACGCUGCUGGCUUUGGAUCACCUGUUAAUGAAUUCUGGGUUGGUAACGAAGCUUUGCACAGAUUGACUAGGGAUAACUGUACUCGCCUGAAGGUCGACCUCAUUGAUAUCUAUGGAUUCCAUUGGCGUGCUGAGUACGAAUCGUUUAAUGUGGACUCUGAGGAUGAGGGCUAUAAGCUUCGCGUGUCGGGAUAUUCUGGAAAUGCUACUGAUGCGUUGUCAUAUCAAAAUGGUAUGGCUUUUAGCGCUAAGGACAGGGACAUGGAUAUUAGUUCUGCAGAUUGCGCUGCUAAUUAUCAUGGUGGCUGGUGGUUUAGCCAUUGUCAACAUGCUAAUCUUAAUGGUAGAUAUUCUUUGGGCCUUACUUGGUUCCAAUCUAAUACCAAUGAAUGGAUGGCCGUUGCAUCUUCAGAAAUGUCAAUACAGAGGAAACGUGAAUGCUAAUUGAUAGACGAUUUCUUGAGAAUGAUUCAAAGUGCAUCAAAUCAAAAUUGGUGCUAUGA